GCGCUGGGGCUACGUCAGUAGGGGCGCGCGGUUUAGACUUCAGCUCUUUAAAAACGGCGUGUAAACUGAGAUGCUCCCAUAGAGAGCCGAGCGCGGCAGCAGUCUUUUGGGUUAACGGCAGCGGGCGGCCUUCCAGCGCCCUCACCCACAGCUGCGCUGGCACGUGCGCGCUCCGCCACCCCUCGGCCUCAAGUUAGGCUUGUCCCGGAAAGCUUCAGACCGACCGCCUUCGCCCCCCCUCCCCUUCCCGCUCCGGCACGCGCUCCGUCUGGUUAGAUAGUUAAAGGGGCGGGGAGGGGGGGGAAUGUCAGAAGCUCCUUCUACUUCUGGAAAAGCAACUUUGCAGCAGUCCCCGUUUGCCCCCGCGCUGCUUUGGCACCAUGGACACCGCCGCGGUUGCAGCCGUCCCUGCCCGCAUGUUGCUUCUCCUCAGCUUGCUCCGGUUGCCGUCCGGACUGGGGACGCGCCAAAGAAGCUGCCCGGGCUUCUGUCACUGUGAGCCAGACGGGAUGCUCCUGCGGGUGGACUGCGCCGACCUGGGACUCACAGAUAUGCCCGCCAACCUCAGCAUCUUCACCUCUUACCUAGACCUCAGUAUGAAUAAUAUCUCUAAACUGCCCUUGAACUCUCUGCAUAAAUUCCGCUUCCUCGAAGAGCUGCGUCUGGCAGGAAAUAGCUUGACAUAUAUCCCCAAAGGAGCAUUUGCUGGACUCUUUAGACUUAAAGUAUUAAUUUUCCAAAAUCAAUUUACUCAUGACAUUAGCAUCUUUGAACAAUAUCAGAGGAAAUCUGAUUUUAUAUAA